CUCAUCAGGUACGUCUCCCUGGAAUGGUUUAUCCCGAUCCAAACCCUAACCGGAGGAUCGCACCGGAGGAUGAAUCCGUUCGCUUCUCGAGUUCCAUUUUCUUUUCGUUUUCCUUUCCCCAUGGGUCAUCCUAAUCCAAACCCUAACCGUUGCCCUUGAAAUUCCACCUUCGAGCGAAGAGAGGCGUCAGCGGGAGGGCCUCCAGCAUUAGGCAUGGAGGACUACGCACGCGAUCUUAGAGCCGCGGGGGACCGCCCUCCUCGGCCUGCUGCGUCGGCGCCCCUGAUCAUGGAGCGGUUCCAUGCCUUGCUCCGGGAGAGGCAGGAAGAGCUGAUGGAAGCUACUGGAGAGGACCCGCCCCCGCCUCCUUCAGCAGAUGACGUGGUGCGAUGCUACGAGGACGUUCUCUCGGAGCUUACCUUCAACUCGAAGCCCAUCAUCACGGAACUGACAAUGAUUGCGGGGCAGAAAAUUCAUUUUGCCAAGGAGAUAGCGGAAGCUAUAUGCACUCGUGUUCUUGUGGUCCCAACGGAGCAAAAAUUACCUUCCUUAUACCUUAUUGAUAGCAUUGUGAAGAACAUAGGACGUGAUUAUGUGAAAAUUUUUGCUACACAGCUUCCUAAGGUGUAUUGUGUUGCAUACAAGCGAGUUGAUUCUUCGCAGCAUCUGUCUAUGCGCCACCUUUUUGGGACCUGGUCACAAGUCUUCCCAUCUUCUGUACUUCAGAAAAUAGAGGACGAGCUCCAGUUUUCUCCAUCUGACAAUCAAAGACCAAUGAUAAGCAACAAGCCAAUGAAAUCCCCAUCACCUCGCCCUUCUCAUGGCAUUCAUGUAAAUCCAAAGUACUUGGAAGCGCGACAACAACAAUCUGCUAUACAUGCAGUGGACACAAGUAACCGUACACAGGUUUCUGAUCUUCAAGUUGAACACUUGGAAGGACGUGUUUCAGAAAAUUCUGAUGGAUGGUCUGGGGUAACUCAUAAAUUUCAUGAUAUACCACAAACAAGACUUCCUACUGGUAUACAAGUUUAUGGACAGAAACCUAUUGCACGCCACAGUGAAUAUGAUUUUGAUCAACCUGAAUUGCCACUUCAGCACCUUGAUACAGAAGGGGAAUCAAUUGCCCAUUUGAAGAAUAAAAUAGCAUUUCCUGGAUCUCCUCCAAGAAUUGGUCUGAAAAGACCCAUAUCACCACCUAUUCUGAGAUCCCAUGUUGAUGCUUCAAAGGUGAUUGGUGGAAGGGCUUCUUCAUCUCGUUCUGGUGGAUAUGCUUCAGGAAGAGUCAGUGACGCGAGUGGUUGGAUGGAUAGGAAAAGACUAUCGAGUGAAGAUCCCCGGCUUUACAACUUAAGUAAUGGCUACGUUAAACAGAAUCCUAGAGACUUGAUUGAUGCAUAUGGAAAUCCUAGAGGAAGAGUAUCUGCUCUUGAGAAGUAUUCAAAGGUUUGGCACCUUGAUAUGAAUGACAUAGCAAGUGAAGCAGCCACGAGAAAAUGGAAAAACACUGAUGAAGAGGAGUAUGUUUGGGAGGAUAUGAGUCCAACUCUAUCUGAUCGAAGCAGGAGAAAUAGCUUAACAGCAUUUGAGCCGAAUGCUGGAAACUUUAGCAUCAGAAAGGGCUUUUCAAAACCUAAUCCUGCACUGUUAGAAUCAGAUUUUUCAAGGCGUAGUUGGCCUGGCCAUGCCCAGCUGUCUCAUGCUGAUGAUCCCUCUUAUAAUGACGAUAGGAUUGCUUCCAUUGGAUCCCAACCUGGAUUAGUGAAAUCUCGGGAUGCUACGAUAAAUCAGAUGGACAUGUUGCCUCAUUAUCAGGAGUCCAACCAUAUUCGAGAUGGUGGGAAAUUGAAUUACAUGUUACCACCACCUUCACAGCAGAACCUGAGCCCUAGGUCACGAAGCAAGGUUGCUGAAAUGCUUCCUGUUGCUGCAAGAGGGCUGACACCGAUGAGUGGUCAGAGACUUCUUAUUCCAAAUGACACCUUGCCUGAUAUUGAAUUUCCAAUGCUUAGAUCAUCAAAUGAUCAUGCUGAUUCCUUUAAAAUAGAUAAUUCUAUCAUAGAUAGGCAUUCAGUCCAACGACCAUAUUCACCUGCUCCAACAGUCUUGACUUCUGGUCAUAUAUCACAGUCCCUGCCUUUGCUUCCUAUAUCGCAAAAUCAAAGUCCAAACAGAAGUUCACUUGAUGUUCCAGAACCUAAUAGGCCAUCACUGAUUCAAGGAUCCCACUCAUCUGUGCCCCAGCAGCAAUAUGACCUAGCUGACAGUAAGGACUCAGAUCCAUUUAGGGUGCUUACUUUGCGUUACCAACCUCCUGGUGUACCCCAUCUGAGUCAGCAAGGUAAGGAAAAGGGUUUCCCUAUACCUCUACAGUCUCAGGGUACAUACCUAAACGUUCUUCCACCUCGGCAAGCUAAUGCUUCUUCUUACUCAGUUGGCCAGCCCUUGAAGUUGUUACCAACACUAGGUCAUGGGGUUGCUAAGGCUUCUGCUUUUCCAUUUUCUAAAACAUAUAGUGCAUCUGAUGCAUCUUUACAUGCUAGGGGUGGCCUUCUACCUCCUUUGCCUCGUGGACCACCUCCUGCCUCGUCUCAAGCCGGACCUAUAUCUCAAAGUAUAAGUUCCUCAAUGUCAAGUUCUCCUGCUAGUGCAUUUUCAGGCCUUAUCAACAGUCUCAUGGCACAGGGGUUAAUAUCAUUGAAUUCAAAUUCUCAACCUCAGGAUUCUUUGGGUGUUGAGUUUAAUCUGGACCUUCUGAAGGUGAGACAUGAGUCUGCAAUCAAUUCCUUGUAUGGUGAACUUCCAAGACAAUGCACAACAUGUGGUUUGCGUUUCAAGUGCCAAGAAGACCAUAGUAGCCACAUGGAUUGGCAUGUAACUAAGAAUCGAAUAUCAAGGAAUCGUAAACAAAAACCCUCUCGGAAGUGGUUUGUGAGUGCAAAAGAAUGGCUUAGUGGUGCAGAAAUACUGGGAAAUGAUGUCAUUCCUGGGUUUCUUCCAGUUGAGUCGGUUGCAGAGAAGAAGGAAGAAAAAGAGAUGGCAGUUCCUGCAGACGAAAAUCAGAAUGUUUGUGCGUUAUGUGGGGAGCCCUUUGAGGAUUUCUACAGUGAUGAGACAGAGGAAUGGAUGUAUAAAGGGGCUGUGUAUUUGAAUGCCCCAGAUGGAUAUAUUGAAGGAUUAGAUAGGUCUCAACUGGGUCCUAUUGUCCAUGCUAAGUGCAGAUCUGAGUCUAAUGAAUCUGGACAAUCAUAGAGGUCAUCCAACUGACGUGACACCAUUUAUUGCAUCAAGCAGGGAAAUUAACCCUCUGUUAUCGGAUCACAAGAUUGCAACAGCAGAAUAAUUUUACCCUGCAAAAUCACUCGGAGAUCCUGGUCAACAUGGUAGGGAAAGUUUCAUCCUUUUUCCUCGUAAUGAUCAAGCCUACCUACCAUCCUGUACAUGUAAAGUUAAACUUGUGUAACUUUUAGCAAUAUCUGAGAUUCAUCCUCCUUUCUUUUUUUCUUUCUCCUACUUGUUUUUACUCUUUAUGUUGAGCUUUUAGAAUUAAUAUUAUGAAUGUUGGCAUCGACUGUGUAGCAAUUCAACGAGAGACAAUUAUUUCAAAGAUAUCUGCAUUGAUGUAAGUUCACCUUUUUUU